UCUACGCCUGCUUCCUUGUUUCUUUCACCCAAUUCUCAUAAAUUAAUCUUCCGUUGCAAAACUUGUGCCUGCAUUCUUGGUUCUUGCAAUAGUUUUCUUUGUGAAUCCUAUUGGAGUGAGGGAAUGGCAAUGGAAAUGCAAUGGACUUGGUCCCCUUGGAUGGACCUUGUCUUGCCUGCCCUCCCCUGAAUUCUGAGCAUGAAAAGAGAUGGAGAUGGAGCCUCUCUCCUGCUCCCACCAUGGCCAUGGCCUACGAUCUCCAUGCCCGUGUCUCUGAGGCGGACUCUGUCGUCCUUCGGUAGCAGCACCGGCGGCGGCGGGCCAUGGAGGAGGAAUCCCACUGCCCGCUCCGGUGGGAGAGCACGGGCGACCAGUGGUGGUACGCCACGCCCGUCGACUGGGCGGCCGCCAGCGGCCACUACGACGUCGUCAGGGAGCUCCUCCGCCUCGACGCCAACCUCCUCAUCAAGCUCACCUCCCUGCGCCGCAUCCGCCGCCUCGAGUCCGUCUGGGACGACGACAUGCGCUUCGCCGACGCCGCCGCCAACCGCGCCGCCGUGGCCCGCUGCCUGCUCCGGGACUGCGAGUCCCGCACCGCCGCCCGGGGGAACCGCCUCAUCCGGGCCGGGUACGGCGGGUGGCUGCUCUACACGGCGGCCGCGGCCGGGGACGCCGCCUUCGCGCGGGAGCUCCUCGCCAGGCAGCCCCUGCUGGUGUUCGGCGAGGGGGAGUACGGCGUCACCGACAUCCUCUACGCCGCCGCCAGGAGCAGGCGACCGGAGCUGUUCCGGAUGCUGCUCAACGCGGUGCUGUCCCCGCCCAGGGAAGAUGGGGCUGACAAUGGCGGGGGGUACAUGUUCAGGCGCGAGAUGAUGAACCGGGCGAUGCACGCCGCCGCCAGGGGUGGCGACCUGGAGAUCCUCAGGGAGCUCCUGGACGGCUGCUCUGAUGCCGCGGCGUUCCGGGACGCGCAGGGCGCCACCAUCCUGCACGCCGCUGCUGCGAGGGGACAAGUUGAGGUUGUGAAGGAUCUAGUUGUUGCUUUUGACAUCGCCAACUCUAUAGAUGACCAAGGGAAUACUGCUCUGCAUAUAGCAGCAUUCCGAGGUCAUUUGCCAGUGGUUGAAGUCCUCAUUGCUGCUUCCCCAUCACUAAUAUCAGCUACAAAUGAAGUUGGCGACACGUUCCUUCAUAUGGCACUAACUGGCUUCAGAACUCUUGGCUUCCGAAGGCUCGACCGUCAGAUGGAGCUUACAAAGCGAUUGGUCAGUGGAUCAAUCAUGAAUGUCAGCAGCAUUAUCAAUGUGCAAAAUGACGAUGGAAGAACAGUUCUUCACUUGGCAGUGGUCGGAAAUCUGCACUCCAACGUCGUUGAGCUCUUGAUGACCGCACCGUCGAUUGAUCUCAAUGUCCGUGACAACAAUGGCAUGACACCUCUGGAUUUACUGAAGAAACAGCCACAGACAGCAUCAUCUGAGAUACUGAUCAAAGAGCUGAUGUUGGCUGGUGGGAUCUCAAAUUCAAGGGAUCAUGAGACAAGGUCGGCCAUCGCUUCUCAGCUGAAGAUGCACCAGAUUGUAGGCAGCCCAGGGACUUCUUUCAGAAUAUCAGAUGCCGAGAUCUUUCUUCAUGCGGGUAUUGAUGCGUCAGGCAUCAGCGAAAGAAGCGUCUCAUUCUCUAGUUUUGACAGGACUGAACCUGAAAUUCAGGAAUCUGGUCUUAAGAGAAUGGGUUCUAUGCGAAGCGCAGCAAACCAUCUCAAGGUCCUACUCAGAUGGCCUCUCCGCAAGGGGAAGAAAUCAGCUGGUGGACCUAAUGAAUUGGAUGACGACGCCUCCUCGGUGGAUUCAGUCAAGAGCUGGAGCCACGUGGAGACUACCCCGACACCGCUGAGGCAAAGGUACUCCAAGGUGAGCUCCCUGUUCGGCAACAAGCGAACCUUUGCAACCAAGGGCACGCCUAGCCCAUCAACAAAGAUGAGGUCGGUAGCUAGCUUCACACAAGGGGUCAUGCAGCCCGAAUCUCCUCUCGCUUCUGCUUCCUGGUCAUCGUCAUCAUUGGUCGACAAGAUCGAAGCGGUCCAUCUAGACAAAGACGAACCAUCACCUAGUCCCAGUGGAGUGACUAGACAUACACCUAAGAAAUAUGGAUCCCUGAACAGCAGGCUUAUGAACCAGUACCUUGGCACUAGAGCGCAAGGGUUAACCUUGGAUGAUUCAACCUCAGGGCAGCGGUCGAGCCGGAUGUCGAGAGGGUCACUUCUGUCAGUAGCCUGAUCACACGAGUUGUUAGAUGAUGGGGUCUGAAUUCGACUCCGCUUGUUUACCUUGAUUUUGGUGCUUGAGCUACUCUGCUGCCAGAUAGAUGUGGCAUGUUUGGGUUCAUGGUUGCGUGGUGUUACUGAUGAGGCUAGGCAUGUAAAAACUGAUCAUAUCUACUAAUGUAACAUGGUUACAACAUUAGUGUACUGCUUUCUAUGGGCAGGUAUGUGUAAUUGGAAGCAUAAUGAAUGGAUUUUUUUUUGCCA